AUUAAGCAAGCACUCAUGAGUAGUUUGGCUAAUAAUGGAGUGGCAAGUGCUACUGCUAGUAGUACUGAUGAGCUUAUUGUUCAAUCUCAACUUCAUGUGCGGAAUCACAUAUUGCAGCUCAUGAACUCCAUGGUACUAAACUGUGCAAUUCAGUUAGGCAUCCCAGAUAUCAUUCACAACCAUGCUCAACCCAUAACCCUUUCCGACCUUACCUCAGCACUCAAUGUCCACCCUUCGAAAUCUCGCUUCCUCUACCGCCUCAUGUGCAUUUUAGUCCAACAAGGAUUUUUCACCAAACACAACGACGUUCAUCAUGGGAUAGUUUAUUCCCUAACACCAUCUUCCAAGCUUCUCCUCAAGGACGGGCUAAUGACAACGUUCUUGCUUCUCCUGCUCGACCCUCUGUUGACUUCCCCUUGGCACUUACUUGGCACAUGGUUCCAGAACUGCGCUUCUACCCCAUUCGAGAUGGCGCAUGGCAUGUCGUUUUUCGAUUUGGUGGCUCAUGAACCAGUGUUUGGUAACAUGUUCAAUGAAGCCAUGGUUGCUGACUCGAAGCUUGUUUCAAGGGCAGUGGUUAAAGAGUGUCAAGGAGUGUUUGAGGGUUUGAAGUCUCUUGUUGAUGUAGGAGGUGGUAAGGGAACCAUGGCAUCUGCCAUUGCCGAUGCAUUUCCACAAAUAAAAUGCACUGUAUUGGAUCUACCUCAUGUCAUCGAAAACUUGAAAGGGAGCAACAACUUGGACUUCAUUGGAGGAAACAUGUUUGAGCAAAUACCUCCAGCAAAUGCAAUUCUACUCAAGUGGAUUCUGCAUGACUGGAAUGAUGAAGAGAGCGUGGAGAUACUGAAAAGGUGUAGAGACGCAAUCCCGAGCAAAAGCGAUGGAGGGAAGGUCAUCAUCAUAGAAAUGGUCGUGACUGUAGAUGAUGACAAGAAGAUGAAUAACAAGUCGACUGAAACACAAUUGUUCUGGGAUAUGUUGAUGAUGGUCUGUCUUACCGGCAGAGAACGCACUGAAAAGGAUUGGGAGAAGUUGUUUUUGGCUGCAGGAUUCAGUCACUACAAGAUUACUCAUACACUGGGUAUUAGGUCUUUCAUCGAAGUUUACCCCUAAAAAUGUUCAACUACUUCAAGAAAAGCAACUUAUUGAUAUAAAACAUAUUUAAGAACCCAAAAUCGGAGUGUAAAAUAUAAUGCAAAUACUCCAAGAAGUCGUUUGCACUCUUGUAAAUACCAGUUGCCUGCUUGGUAACCUGUGAAGCUUCCAAUAAUUAGCUCUUAAUUAGCCUCUUACGGUCUUACCCAGUAACAUGGCCAUCUGUGUUGGGUUUGGUAUUAAGUAGAAAGAAAAUAAUUAAUCAUCUUGUAUGUGCAUCUUUCUGUAUGAUGUUGUAUCAUUUAAGCAUUAAGAUGAGUAGAAAUUAAGGUAUUUCAGGGCUGGACCAA